AUGGCGAGCGAGACCAUAAUCUUGGAUGACGACUACGCGAUGGCCGCGACGUGGGCCGUGGAGCACGUCGCCGCCCUCGGCGUGUUGGACCGCGCCGUCCUGACCGAUUUGUUCUCGAUCUGCGACAAAACGCGCAACCUCCCCGCGCGCGUCGAGCAGCGACUCGUCUGGGUCCUGCUGAACGACGUCGUCGAGGGCGAUGGCGUUUCCCCGCACGUUUGCAAGAUGAUGGACAAGCUCUCGCCUCUGACCGCGGAGACUUCCGCGGAGGUGGCGGAGAUCUGCGUCAGGAUCCGUCAGGCGGUGUGCAUCCGCUCGUUCGAUUCGCCCGACGGUUAUCUAGAGUUCGCCGCGAUGUUGGAGGAACUCUUCCCCCCCAAGACCGGCAACGCGCUCCUGAACGCGGCCAGGAAGGACAUGCUCCACGUGUUGGCGACCUCCAUGGAUCCCGGGGUGGUCGAGGAGGCGCGCGAGAAGUACGCCGUCAGCGACGGGAAAUUGAGGAAGGACAUGAGGCGAUUCGCGGAACUGCACGGGCAGAAGAUGGGCGGCACCUCCAUCAACAGGCUCCUCGACGACAUCGCCGCCGGCAGGUACAAUCCCCCGGGACCCAACCGCGCGCACGCCGCCAUCCCGCGGAUCCCCGCGCAGCAGCAGCAGCAGCCGCGAACCGGGUCCCUCUCCCCUGGAUCCCCCGCGUCGCCCCGGCGGAAGAAGAGCAUGCUCCGAACCCCGUCGGGCGCGCCCAAGGUCCGAUCACCCGCGAAAUCCCCGCCAAAGAAGAAGCCGGCGUUGCCCGCGCAUCUCGCCUUUGAAGAUCCAUCCGACCCGCAUGGCGAAAUGGACGCGUACGCCUUUGACGAACCCGACGCCGCGUGGAACGCCCUCGGCGAUCUGGCCGAAAACGCCGCCGCGCUGGAGGAGGCGGAGGCGGGGCCCCGGCCGGGUAAGGUCAAGCCCGGUAAGAAGCGCGGAAGAAGCGAGGAGGACGAAGGGGACGAGGGGGCGAAGAAGAGGAUCGUGGAGCGGGGGGGACGUCCCGCGGGCACGCCGGUGCUUCGAACCAUCAACGCGCUCACGACGAGACUCCUCGGCGGCGGCGAGGAUGACGAAACGGACGAGGGGAUCAUGCCGACGCAGGCUGCGCCCACGGAGGAGGACCUCGCGGCUGAGCGCAAGUCGAGGAGGCGAAGCCUCCCCGGCCGGGUACUCGGGGCGGCGCGCGCGGCGCUGACCUGGCGAAAGGGUAAGGGGGGCGUCGGCGACACGUACCCGGCUCCGUCGCCCGCCGCCGCCGACUUCGCCGGCCUUGAUCUCGCUUGCGUCCCGUCGCCGCCCCGCGCCGGCGACGACGACCGCCCACCGCCCUCGGGCAUCGCUCGGCGCCACUCCAAGCUCCGCGACGGCGGCACCGACGCGGAGGGGUACGAGGACAAGCGCAAGGCUGGGCGCCGCAAGCUCUGGAGUAAGGAGGAGGUUGUCGCGCUGUGCCGCGGAUACGAGCAGCUGGAGCGCGAGGGUAAGCUCCACGUCGUCAACAAGCUUCGUCCCAACGGCGGCGUCGACUGGACGACAAUCUACAAGAUGAGCGAGGAGAUCUUCGCCGCGAACGAAAGGACGACGAUGGACCUGAAGGACAAGAUGCGCAACCUUCUGAAGAAGAAGGAAAAGGUGGAGGCGGAAAAGAACAGACGCGAGAGCUUGGACGCCGCGGGCGCGACAAAGGCUGGGUCCACCAAGCGAAAGAGCGGGGGCUUUUUAUCGAGAAUUUUCGGGGGCAAUAAGGCUGACGACGACGACGAGUCCGUCAAGGACCUCGUCGCCCUCGAGGACCUCGUCGCCACUGCCCCCGAGCUCCUGCCCGGUGUCUCCAACCGCCACAGCUUGAAAAACAAGAAGCUCGGCCUUGCGCCCAUCGGACGCAAGUCGAAGCAGAUGUUUUCCCAGGAGGAGGUUGAUGCGCUGAGAGAGGGAGUCGCCAAGCACGGGAAGGGUCGAUGGAAGGAUAUCCUGUUGGAGAGCCAGCACGUCUUCCAGGACAGGACGACGAUGGACCUGAAGGACAAGUGGCGUAACAUCGAGAGGAUGGCGCAGAAGGAGCGAGCUCGGGAGGAAGCCGCCGCUGAGGAAUCGGAGGGGGGAGACUCGUCGUAG